GUUCCGUUCACUUCCGUUCCUUCCUGUCCAAGCGUGGUGUCAAAGAUGGCGGCGCAGAAGUCGGUGCCGAGCGAUCUUUAUAAAUGUGUUUACUCGUUCCUGCUGGAGAACAAGUUCAGCAAGGCGGCGCAGGCGUUUCUCAAACAGACUAAAGUGAAUCCUCAAGAUCAAGAUGAAGAAAGCCUUGUAAACAUCUUCAACUUCUGGGUGAAGUCUCCUGAAGCCAAGAAAAGGAAAGCACCUGCUGACAAAGCUGAAGCUACCAACGGUCCAUCAGCCAAGAAGGCAAAAACCAGUGCAGAGAGCUCCAGCAGCGAAGAGUCGAGCAGCGAGGAUGAAGAAGCUGUCGCAAAACCAACAAAGGCAGCCCCUGCAGCCAAGGCGGUGCCUAAAGCAGCAGCAGCAGCUGCUGCUAAAGCUGCAUCCAGCAGCAGUGAAGACUCAAGUGACUCUGAGGACGAGAAGGCGCCUGCAAAGGCUCCUGCUAAGGCCCCUGUGAAGCCCGCUGCUGCUGCUGCUGCAGGCACAAGGAAGAAAGACAGCAGCUCAAGCAGUGAAGAAUCUGACUCUGAGGAUGAGAAGGCUGCCAAAGCUCCCGCAUCAAAACCCAAGGCAGCUGCUGCCGCUGCACCAAAAGCUGCUGUUGCUGCUAAAGGUGCAGCUCAGAAAAAGCAAGAGAGCAGCAGUGAAGAUAGUUCCUCUGAUUCUGAAGAUGAAGAACCAGCCAAGGCUCCAGUCAAACCCACCCCAGUGAAGGCUGCUGCUGUUGCUGCUGCUGCUGAAUCAAGCAGUGAAGACUCUUCAUCUGAAGAUGAGGCUCCACCCAGCAAAAAACCCAAAGCAGGAGCGUACAGCGCAGUCCCACCUCCUGCUUCAGUCCAGAAAUCUCCAGCUGCACCAGCAGCCAGCAAGGCCAAAGACAGCGACUCCUCAGACAGCAGUGAUGAGGAAGAAGAGAAGAAAGCUGCUGCUAAACCUGCACCGGUAAAGAAGACCACUCCUGCCAAACCCGCUGCAAAGAAGCAGGAAUCCAGUUCUGACAGCUCAGAUUCAAGCUCAGAUGAGGAGGAGGCAAAGAAGCCUGCAGCCAAAGUCACCCCAGCUAAAGCCACCCCAGUCAAACCUGCACCAGCCAAGGCUGCACCUGCUAAAAAGGAAGACUCUGAAGACUCAUCAAGCUCAGACGAGGAAGAGGAGGUGAAGAAACCUGCAGUGAAGGUGACUCCAGCUAAGGCUACUCCAGCUAAAGUCACACCCGCUAAGACGACCCCAGCUAAAAAAGAUGAGUCCUCAAGCUCAGAUUCAGAUAGCAGCUCUGAAGAUGAGGCUCCAGCAAAACCGGCUGCUAAAGCUGCAGCUGCACCAAAGCCUGCUGCUGCUUCUAAACCUCCUGCCAAGGCAGCAGAGAGCAGCUCUGACUCUGACUCCUCCUCUGAUGAGGAAGAGGCACCAGUCAAGGCCAAGCCAGCUGCAGCUACACCGGCUUCAAAGCCUGCUGCUGCAGCAGAGAGCAGCUCUGACUCUGACUCCUCCUCCGAAGAUGAAGCACCAGUCAAGGCUAAACCUGCAGCAGCUAAACCAACUACCCCGGCCUCAAAGCCUGCUACCCCUGCUGCAAAGCCUGCUGCUGCAGCAGAAAGCAGCUCUGACUCUGAUUCUUCCUCUGAAGAUGAGGAACCAGCUAAGGCCAAGCCAGCAGCAGCUAAACCUGCCACCCCAGCUUCAAAGCCUGCUACUCCUGCAGCAAAGGCUGCGGCAGAGAGCAGCUCUGACUCUGACUCCUCCUCUGAAGAUGAAGCACCAGUAAAGGCUAAACCUGCAGCUGCUAAACCUGCCACCCCAGCCUCAAAGCCUGCUACACCUGCAGCAAAGCCUGCCGCUGCUGCAGAAAGCAGCUCUGACUCUGAUUCCUCCUCUGAUGAGGAAGAACCAGUGAAAGCCAAGCCAGCAGCUGCAGCGAAACCAGCGACGCCGGCUUCAAAGCCCGCCACACCUGCCGCAAAGCCUGCCGCUGCAGCAGAAAGCAGCUCUGACUCUGACAGCUCAGACUCUGAGAAUGAGGCAGCCAAACCUGCAGUGAAAAAACAAGCUCCAGCCGCCAAGAAACCUGCUGCUAGUGCCACCAAGGCUCCUGCAGACACCAGUGACGACAGCUCCAGUGAUGAGGAGGAAGCCAAGAAGGCAGCGCCGGUGCCCAAGCCCGCAGCCGCGAAGGCAGCUCCAGCUCCGAAAAAGAAGGCUGAGGAAAGCAGCUCUGACUCCUCAGAUAGCUCAGAUUCUGAGGCGGAGACCAAAACCACCACCCCUGCCAAGUCUGUAACUGUCACCAACGGCAAGGCAGCAACACCCAAGGCAGCCAAGGCUCCAGCAAAACCAGCUGAGUCCUCAUCCAGUGACAGCAGCUCUGAAGAAGAGGAGGAGGCCAGUAAAAGUACUGUGAAACCUGCCACACCAGCUGCAUCCACCAAGACAACCCCAGUAGCUAAACCCAAGGAGAGCAGCAGCAGCAGCUCAUCAGACAGUUCAUCAGAUGAGGAGGAAGCACCACGUAAAGCGGCCACAGCACCCAACACCCCCAUGACAAAUGGCACCAAUGGAAAGCGAAAAAGGGAUGAGGAGUCAUCAGAUAGUGAAGAGGAAGAGGCAGAUGUAAAGACGCCAAAUAACAAGAAAACAACAACCACACCACAGACGUUUCCUAAAGCCAAUAAGAAGUCUUCCAACAUACCUUUCCGAAGAAUAAGAGAAGAGGAAGUAGAUGUGGAUCCCCGUCUUGCAGACAACUCUUUUGACGCAAAGUAUGGAGCCCAAGGUGACUGGGGCCAGAAAGCCAACGAUGUGCUCAGGUUCACUAAAGGAAAGUCAUUUCGCCACGAAAAGACAAAGAAGAAGAGGGGAAGCUACCGUGGUGGAGCCAUCUCUACCUCGGUCAACUCUAUCAAGUUUGACAGUGACUGAGCACCUUCUCACUCUCUCUCACCUGAACUGUAUUCUACCUGUGUGAUCAGGACUACCAGUUGUCUGCUUCCUCCCCCCGGUUAACAGUCCUUCUACCAUCACCUCCCUGUAGCAGCAGUACACUGACAGAAGAAUGUGACCUGUAGAGCUGAGCUGGCACUUAGAUGCAGUUAUUUGCCCUUAGUUUGUAAUGGACACCAUUCAUUUGAUCUGUGAUCUGAAAGCAACAGUUUAGUGGAGCUCUGGCAGCAAGAGAAAGAUGUUCGCAGCUGUGACUUUGACAUCCAUGUGACAUUAUUACACUUAUAGCCACUAGGUGGCUGAAGGCCACCAGUUAAUGGUAAAAAGCCAAUUUGUAUGUUGAGCCCCCCUUUUUUUUGUUUGUAUUUUGACUUUAACCCUGUACCUUAUUCUCAAGUGACAAAUGUAAUUUCUUUCUAACAAACUUUUCAUUCUCAUUUAUCUAUGUUUGAAAGACAGCCAUCCAUCCCAACAGGUUCUUUAUUAUGUGUUAAGAAAAAGGCUGAAAUAGAUUUUUAACGGAUCACAUGGAUUCUUGGUGUUUCUUUGGUUGUAUGUUCAUUUUUAUUUGGCCAUCUUUAAACAUGGAGACUAGAGAGGGUCUGUACUUGGGUUUUUUUCUCUUAACAUUACAUGAGGACGUUUAGCAAGUAAGACUACAUUUUAUGCUGUGUAUUUAUUACAUUUUAUUCCAUUUCAACAUUUAGGACCUCAGAUGUUUUGUCCAUGCUAUUUACAAGCCAUUUUGCUUUGAAUGUUAGGAUGCUCCUGUCAACCUCUCUAUUCUGUUGUUUAUUGUUAUGGAAUCUUAUUAUUCACCAACAUAAUCAGGAGCCAUGUUGUUUCAGUUGAAUUGACUUUUUGUGUACUGCUUUCAUUUUUUUUUAUGAUCAAGUCUUGUACUGUAACUGUAAUUAAAGACCUGACAUUAAAUGUUGGUAUGAUUUGGAA